CAGCCAGGUUCAUUUACCCUUGGGUCACUGAGAGUGAACCUUUCCAAAUUACGCAAAAUAUCUGGGGACUGUGAAGCCAACAUGACCAGUGGGGGCUGUGUGUUUGUCCUAUUUUCCCUCAUACGUGUCUCGCUGAGUGUGAAUAUGACAGGGUUAUAUGGCAGCUUCACCUCCCCCAACUUCCCCCAGACAUACCCUGAUAACCAGCAUGUAGUGUGGAACAUCACUGUCUCAGAGGGCCACAGGGUUAAACUCUACUUUACCCACUUCAGCAUGGAACCCUCCCACCAGUGUGAAUAUGACUACAUUCAGGUUUUGGCAGAGGGGAAUGAGACCUUGCGGUUCUGUGGUGAGGAAGAGAAGAACUUUGAAAGCACCCCCAGGAACACCGUCAUCCUGUCAGCCGGGAACCUCAUGUCAGUGGUCUUUAGGAGUGACUAUUCUAAUGAGGGACGAUUCACUGGCUUCCAAGCAUUUUACACCUCAGAAGACAUCAAUGAAUGUCAGUCCAAGGUAGACGGGGAGAGAGUGUGUGAUCAUUUUUGCCACAAUUACAUUGGUGGAUAUUACUGCACGUGCAGACAAGGAUACCUUCUCCAUGACAACAAAAGAUCCUGCACAGUGCCAUGCAACAACCAGGUGUUGACCACACUGUCAGGGGUUCUGACCAGUCCAGGCUACCCGAGCCCCUACCCAUCCAUGAGUCAGUGUGACCACACCAUCCGUCUGCCGGAAGGCUACAGAAUAAUCCUGGACUUCUUGGAAACCUUUGACAUAGAGGGUCAUCCGGAUGCCCCCUGUCCAUACGAUACAUUGAAGAUUUCAACAGCUGGACAAGUGUAUGGACCCUUUUGUGGAUCAAAGCCACCAGGCCGUAUUGACACAGGAAGUUACCAGGUGCACGUUGCAUUCAAAUCUGACCCCAGUGGUAAAAACAAGGGAUGGAAGAUUAAGUAUACCGGUAUUAAGGUUAAAUCCUCACUGUAACUUAGACUGAUGGGUUUUAGUAUUGUGGCAACUAAAGUCACCAUUGACACAACCGUCAUUUUUGUGAUGAGGCUUGGAUAUUUGUGUCUGACCGUGAUGCUAGCAGAAGCACAAGGUAUCUUCAAGAUAUGGUAUCAGUUGACAUUGUUGUAUUUCUCUAUUUGGUGAGAUGCCACAACAAAUCACUAUGGGCUCUAAAACCUCACCAGAACAAUUAUUUUUAACCAUUUUUGCAAUAAUUUAGUUUUCAUUAUUUUAUAACUAGUGGGAAUAAAGUAAGACUCAAAAUACAAUUUGACUUAUUAAUUCAGACUGUUUUUUGUUUUUUUUGUUUUUUGUUUUACACAGUGUCUUAAUUAGAACAAAUGUUUGGUUACCAUAAAAUAUAACCUGGGUCUAAUAUGUGAUCAGACAAGCAUUUUGAUUGAAUUCUAGCCAAAGACAUAAUAAUAAUUAAUUAAUUAAUUCCCUAAAGUAGUCUGGAAGCAGAAUCUUAGAAGCGGUGAAUGCUAGUUGUUUAACCUUCAUACAUAAUGCAGCUUGUUCUCAGCAAUCCCAGCUCCACUCCUCUAUCAAAACAGCCAUUAAAGGGUUCUCCAGUCCCAUGAAAUUACCUCUCAUUUGGCACUUUUGCAUUCACGCACCAACACUUCCUCCAUCUGUGCCACACGAGAGGGGCAAAAGAGCACGCCUGAAUGUGUGGAUGUGAGAACAAAAUGCACUUGUUGAUUUUUCUUCCUGGUGCUUUAGCAUUAAGCCACUGAAACUUCUCUGUCGACUUAUUACUUAAAAAAAGUAUGCUAACUUGGACUGCUACAUACUUUGUAGUUUUAAAUUCACUACUUUAGCAAGGCAAAGAAUGUGCUGACCCGUACAUCACUUGGCCUAACCCUAACCCUAACCCUUGGCAUUUGCAGCCAAUCAGAAUCAUAAGGUCUCUGUUGGAUGUGUUCUCUGAAAGCCACCAGACCACAUGGAAUAAGGGUUGUUUCUAGCAUGAAAUGCCCAGACAGUCCUCGAGGCAACUGUGUGCUUGCAGAGCAAACCUACAGUUUUUACCUUACACUGUUGACUCAUAAUCUAAUCCACCAAGACACAGUGACAGAUGAGGGCACUAUUGACUGCUCCCAUAUCCCGCUCACUUCUCACUGUUCAGCCUAGUUGGAGCCAAUUCCACAGGAAUUACGCACACCAUGAAAUCCAUUAACCAACUGUUGGAAAAUAUCUAGCAGCAGCAUGCUGCCAAUAGGCUUACAGUUUAUAUGCCUCAUCACUACAUUGUCAAAAAGCCUGCAUCCCAUGUAAACUUACUAUAUGUAAAGAACUAUGACAGAAUGUUCACCCUGUCAAAAAAUCUACUUGGUAUUGCAUACUAGUAGUAAUACUAUUUCUGCCUUUGAAAAUGCACACACUUUUUAAAAAAAAAUCAUUAUUUUAUGGUAUCUUAAAUCUUUUCAGAGCACCAAACUUCAAGUCUCUAACUCAUGUUCUAUAUCACAGCUCAGCUUUUGAUUAAGUCUUGAGAGGAAGGAGACUUGGGAAAAGUAUUACAUUGACGUAUUUGUUGAUGAAAGUUUGUACUGUCACCUCUCAGCGAGAGGGUUCUGGGUUCGAACCCACUGGCCAGCUGGGGCCUUUCUGUGUGCACGUUCUCCCUGUGCAUGCGUGGGUUCACUCCGGGUGCUCCGGCUUCCUCCCACAGACCAAAAAGAUGCAGGUUAGGUUAAUUGGUGAUUCUGUAUUGCCUGUAGGUGUGAAUGGUUGCCUGUCUCUAUACUACAUGUUAAUGUGUGAUUGACUGGUGACCGGCCCAGGGUGUUUCCCGCCUCUCUCCCAAUGUCAGCUGAGACUAGCUGCAGCUCCUCUUUGACCCUCAAGAUAAGCAGUAAAGAAAAUGGAUGGAUGGAUCUGUCAAUGAGAUUGUGCAUGAGGCUACAUGAAUUUCAAUCAUAAAUAAAGUGGGACACAACAAGCACUUUCAAAACUUUGAGGGGUGAGUUUAUUUAAAAAAAUAUCCCUCAUAUCACCAUUCAAUAUGUGUAUAAAAAGGUACAUUUGUUAUGCAGGUUUAAACAAAAUACAACAUAUGAAUUUGUUGGGAAUCUCACACUAGAAGAUCUAAAUGAUUGCUCCACUCCUCUGUGUAUCUAAAACUCAAGUGCAAGCUCACAGUGACAUCUCAAUCUCACCACAACACACAAAAAAGAUGAUCCUUCUGCAAAUUCCAAUCCACCAUCAUUUGUAUUCUUUGUUCAUCAGAUAGAUGAUGACAGGCAUGACAAAGACUAUCUUGUAUAUGACGAAUGAGUCACACACACUUGCACCCAUUGUAAACUGUCUUACAUUACACAUCCUCCAGACUGCUAUGUAACUUCUAUAAUAGUAUAUAACGCAUAGUCUUAAAUAUUGAUUCUAUGUAACUCAAAGAUGAAGCUUUUCACAUUUUUGCCUAUAAUGUUGACCAGACGUGUUCGGUGAGGCUUCCUUGUAUGAAGAGAUAAACAUCUUAUCUUGACUCUUCAUUAUUCAAAUUAAAAUAAAUCUGUCUCCUCCACACAAAUACAUUUAUGUACUUGUGUAAAGUUAACCUUUACACAGAUAUACUGAUGUCAGCCAUUGCAUAUAUCUCAGAAAAAACAUCUGUCUGCACCCCAUUACUCAAAAGCAGUGCUGUUUGUUUCUUUGUUUUUGUGCGAUGGGUGGAGAGUUCCUGCGCUCAUUGUGGUUUAAAGGGGUAUUUCUAUAAUUAAUUCUUCCAUGUAGAGAUUUCCUUAAUGGUCCCACAUCAGGUAAUGAUGACAUUUCACACUGAGGUACACAUCAUUUAAGGCUAUGGCUAAGUCAAUAGUAUAAUAAUAAAGAUUUUUAUGCUUACUGAUUAACCACCAAACGUAUACAUUUUCCAGGCCAGACUAUAAGAAAACCUCUCUAAAAAAAUAUUUUAGAGUGUUCGUCACAAGUAAGACAUUUCCUGACAUUAUGAGUCUGCAAGCAGACUUUAAAACUAGGUUUAAAAAAAAAAAAGAAAAAAAAAAAAAAAGAAAAAAAAAAGAAAAGUAAAAA